AUGGAGAAGCAGGCAAGCUUGGAGGAAACCCUCCUCCCGAGGAGCCGGCCGGAGUGGGAGGAGGAGGAGAGCUUGGCGGCGAGCGAGGAGGUGAAGAGGCAGCUGUGGCUGGCCGGGCCGCUCAUCGCCGGCAACCUGAUGCAGAACCUGGUCCCGAUGAUCUCCGUCAUGCUCGUCGGCCACCUCGGCGAGCUGCCCCUCGCCGGCGCCUCCAUGGCCAACUCCUUCGCCACCGUCACCGGAUUCAGCCUCCUGCUUGGCAUGGCAUGUGCUCUGGACACCCUGUGCGGCCAAGCAUAUGGAGCCAGACAAUACCAUCUUCUCGGUAUCUACAAGCAACGGGCAAUGCUUAUACUGACCCUGGUCAGCGUCCCGCUGGCCGUCCUGUGGUUCUACACCGGCAACAUCCUGCUCCUGUUCGGCCAGGACGAGGACAUCGCCAUGGAGGCCGGCACCUACGCCCGGUGCAUGAUUCCGGCGCUCUUCGCCUACGGCCUUCUGCAGUGCCACGUCCGGUUCCUGCAGACUCAGAACAUCGUGCUCCCGGUGAUGCUGAGCGCCGCAGCGACGGCGCUCUUCCACCUCCCCGUCUGCUGGCUGCUGGUGCAUGGCCUCGGGCUGGGAAGCAAGGGUGCGGCUCUUAGCAUCGCCAUCUCCUACUGGAUCAACGUGAUCGUUCUGGCCGUGUACGUGAGGGUGUCGAGCUCUUGCAAGAAGGCAUGGACGGGGUUCUCCGUGGAAGCCUUCCAUGACUUGCUCAGCUUCUUCAGGCUCGCCGUUCCGUCUGCUCUCAUGGUCUGUCUGGAGUGGUGGUCGUUCGAGACCCUCGUGCUGCUUUCAGGGCUUCUUCCAAACCCCGAGCUGGAAACAUCGGUCCUGUCGAUCACAAUGAACACCUCGACCUUCCUGUUCAUGAUACCCUUCGGCCUCGGAGCCUCCAUAAGUACCCGAGUUUCAAACGAGCUUGGAGCGGGCCGACCAUGGGCCGCCCGCCUUGCCGUGCGCGUCGUCAUGUUCUUCACCAUCUCGGAAGGUCUGAUCAUGAGUGUACUACUUGUCUCUGUGCGCUACAUGUGGGGCCGUGUUUACAGCAACGAGGGGGAGGUCAUCAUGUACGUAGCCAAGAUGGUUCUGCUGAUUGCAGUUUCAACCUUCCUUGACGGAAUUCAGUGUGUUCUCUCAGGUGUGGCUAGAGGCUGUGGGUGGCAGAAGAUAUGUGCCUGCAUCAACCUCGGCGCGUUCUACAUCGUCGGCAUACCAACAGCCUAUCUCCUAGCCUUCGUGCUGCGCUUGGGCGGAAUGGGCCUUUGGGCGGGGAACAUCUGCGGCAGUCUCGUGCAGGUCUUGCUGUUCGUGGCCAUUACACUGCGCACCGACUGGCACAAGGAGGCAACAAUGGCCAAGAGCAGAGUCUUUUUUUCUGCCCUGCCAACAGAUCUCGUGACAUGA